AUAUAUCUUCAACCACAUAAGAUAAAUUAAUUCUAAGAAAGAAAGGAAUUAGCAAGAAGAAAAUGGUAACAAAGUUAUCAAUUUAUUUGGCAUUUGUAUUGGUAGCGUUACCAUAUUAUCCAACUUUGUGUCAAGAUAAUGAUUGGCAAAGUCUAAUAGAUCAAGCACAAGAGUAUGGUAUCUCUCAAGAAACAGUUGCUGAGGCUCAAAGUGUUUUAGGAGAUAGUUCUAUGGAACAGGUUGCCCAAGAUGCUUUGCGUGACGGGUCAUUGGCUGAUUGGGUUAUAGAAGCAACUGAGAAUGACAAAGGAAGCACACCACCAUCAACACGAUCAAGUGGAGGUUUACCUAGUGAUGUAGUGAAUUCACCAAAUUUGGCCCCAAAUGAAGGACCUGAACUAGCACCAAAUAAUGCACCUUUAAGUGCACCAUCACCUGCCCCUUAUGCAGCACCUCCCCAAGCAUGAGACAUAUGUUUAUUUAGUUAUGCAAUAGAUGUACUUUAUAUAGACUUAAUGUGAUGUAGAUUAAACCAAAAAGUAAGUUCACAUGAAGAGUUUUGUCAUCUAAAAAAUAUUAGUGAUGUAGUUUGUUGAU